UUUUUUUUUAUGUUUUGUAUUUUUACUUUAAGAAAUGAAUAUAAAUAAUAAUGAACGUACUCCUUUAAUACGUUCUUCCAAGUCUUCUACAGAUUCGAAUUAUAAAAGAACAUAUCAUGUUUAUGGCAUGGCAUUUGGAUUUUUGUUCUUAUUUUCUUACUUUAUUAAUUAUUAUCGAAAUGUUUUACCUACACCAUUAUCUGAUGCACAAGCAAAGGCGCUAGACGAUUUUCCGGGAAUGCAUGCAUAUGAUGAAUAUUUGAGUCAUUUUACAGCUCCACACUCUGCUAACACUCGUGAAAACGCAGUAAUGAGAGACUGGAUUGCUUCUGUCGCUUUAGAUCUUCAAAAGGUUGCUAUCGAACGUGGUUUAAAAAUGGAUGUCAUUGCUGAUGAUCCUUCAAUUGAUAUAAUUAAGCACGACUGGUUCACACCCAAUGAGCAAUGGUAUGUAAAGUCACGAAAUGUUAUUGUUCGUUUGCAUGGUCAAUCUGGAAAAGAAGAUGCUUUAUUAAUAAAUGCGCAUUAUGAUAGUGUUCCCACUAGUUAUGGUGUAACAGACAACGGUAUGGGUGUUGUUACUACUCUUGAAUUAUUGCGUUACUUUAUAGAUAAUCCACCUCGUCAUACUAUUAUUUUUUUGUUGAAUAAUUUCGAAGAAGGUGGCCUUAUUGGUGCAAAAGCAUUUUUAAAUCAUCCUUGGUAUCGUUCUGUUAAGUUAUUUAUCAAUUUGGAGGGUGCUGGUGCUGGUGGUAGGGCUAUCAUGUUUAGAUGCUCUAACCUGGAUGCUGUCAGGAAUCUAGCUAAUUCUCCUGCUACAUUUAAGCAUGGUUCUCCCUUAGGGAAUGAUAUGUUCAAGGCACAACUUAUUAAAAGUGAUACAGACUAUUCAGUGUUUACUGAGCAGGGCGUUCCUGGUCUAGAUAUUGCUUUUUAUACACCUCGUUCUCAUUAUCAUACUCCUCUUGAUGAUUUAAAUCAUACCACCCCUGAAGCACUACAAUAUAUGGGUCAAAUGGCUUUAGGCGCUACUAGAUCUAUUGCCAAUAGUGAUACUUUAUUAUAUACUUCAAAAGAACAAGAAUCUUUCAUUUAUUUCGACAUUUUAGGACGCACUGUAUUCGUUUAUAGUUUUGUCACAUAUCAGUUGAUGAAUAUAUUAGCUCUUUUAAGUAUACCCAUCAUUGCUUUUUACUUGAUUUCAAAAAAUAAGGACAAUCGCGAAACCAUUUCCUCAAUCAUUAAACGAAAGACAAGUCUUAUUAUUCAGGGUUUAGCUGCUAUAAUUGCUGCUAUCGUGUUAGCUCUUAUAUUUGGUGCCAUUGCUGUCUUUUUAAUGACUAAAAUCAAUCCUUCUAUGACUUACGGCGACGUUUACGGUGCUGCUUUAUAUACAUUUGUUGCAGCUUUUCUUGGUAUUCAAGUAUCACAAUUAAUCCUUCCUGUUAAAUUCAAACAAUUGCUUGCUAAUACUAAUGCAAUUUGGUAUGGGCUAAUCUCAUUUUGGUGGAUCUUAGUUGUAGCUGCUUCUUUUGCUGGUAGUAAAGGAAUUGCUAGUUUAUAUUUUGUUUUCUAUAUAUUAUUAUUUAACUCUUUAGCUGCUUUAACUCAUUUCUUACUACCUCCUACACAGAAGAUUCGUUCUGCUUUAAUCUUUUUCACUCAGACAAUUGUUCCUUUUAUUUUCUUGUUAGAACUAGAGUUCCUAGUAAUGGAUGCCAUGCGUCAUUCUACUGCUGAUGGUACUCCUGAAAUUGUUGUUUAUAUUCUUCUUGGUAUUCCUCUAAUUUUGAUUGCUUUACACUAUAUUCCAUGGAUUUAUGUUGCCGGUAAUCAGCGUAAAACCACUAUGGCUACAGCUAUAGUAUUUCUCUUUCUUUUCACAGUUUGUUCGUCUCUCCAACCUUUUAAUACCACUUGGUCUCCUAAUAAGCUUGUUUUUAAACAAGAAUAUAAUUCAGGAGAUGCUUUAUCUACUGUUUUUAUUUCUACGGCUACAGCUAUUCAUUCCAUCUUAAAGAAUACCCUGCCACCUUAUGAAUAUCAAACUUUACAAUGUGAACCCUUUAAAAGAUACUUGACACGCUGCAGUUAUCAAACUGGUUUAUUGCCUAAAUAUGCUAGCAACUCCACAUUGAAUGAAUUUAGUUUAUCUGAAAUCAGAAAGACAUGUAACGAUACCGUAUGCCUUUCCUCUGGCUCUUUUACAUCGAAGAAUAGUUUAAUGUGCCGUAUCCAUUUUGACUAUGAUGAGAGUCAAGCUACUGUUCAGCAUGCAUGGAUAAAUGGAAGAGAGAUAAAAGACAAUAAUAUUUCUGCUCUGAUUAGUUACGUGAAUGAUUAUGAGAAGCCUGUUGAUUUUGCUAUUGAACAUCAUUCUACCUUAUCUAUAAAGGCAAUGUUUGGUUGCUUUUAUGACGAAUGGACACAAUUGGAGAUUCCUGCCUUUACUAACUUACGUGAUAGUUUACCUGAAAAUGCCAUCUUAUUAAUUCGUGGACAAGGCUUAGCCUAUGCUCACUACACAAAUAUUACUUUAUAAUAAAAAUUUAAAGCAUUGAUUAUUA